GGGAACGAGGUGAUCGCAGUGGACUGGAAGGGCCUGAAGGAUGUCGAUCAAAUCAACAUGGAUAGCACCAGCUCUCUGCACGGGAGCAGCCUCCAUCGGGCCUCAACUGAGCAAACUCGAACUGAUUUCUCCUGGGAUGGCAUUAAUCUCUCCAUGGAGGACACCACUUCUAUUCUUCCGAAGCUUAAACGCAACUCUAACGCCUAUGGCAUUGGGGCCCUGGCCAAGUCAUCCUUCUCAGGGAUCUCACGAAGCAUGAAGGAUCAUGUGACAAAGCCCACAGCCAUGGGGCAAGGCCGAGUGGCCCACAUGAUUGAGUGGCAGGGCUGGGGGAAGGCUGCCACCAUUCAGCCGCAACACAGCCAUGAGGCCGUGCGCAGGGAUACAGAUGCCUACUCUGACCUCAGCGAUGGCGAGAAGGAGGCUCGUUUCCUUGCAGGUGUCAUGGAACAGUUUGCCAUCUCUGAGGCCACGCUUAUGGCCUGGUCAUCCAUGGAUGGUGAGGACAUGAGUGUCAACUCCACCCAGGAGCCAUUAGGCUGCAACUACAGUGACAACUACCAGGAGCUGAUGGAGAGCCAGGAUGCCCUGGCUCCUGGCCCCAUGGAUGGGUGGCCCCACUCCUACGUGUCCCAGGGCAUGUACUGUCUGGGGUCCUCGGAUGCCUGGGAAGCAAGCGACCAGUCUCUCAUUGCCUCUCCAGCCACAGGAUCCUAUCUUGGCCCUGCCUUCGAUGACUCACAGCCCAGCUUGCACGACAUGGGGCCUUCCCAGCCUGCUUCAGGAUACUCUGCUCAGGAGCCUCCACCUUUGCUGGGGGGAGACACUGACUGGGCUCCAGGGGUGGGUGGGGUGGACCUGGCCAGGGGCCCUGCUGAGGAGGAGAAGAGGCCACUGGCCACUGAGGAGGAAGAGGACGCGGGAUGCCGGGACCUGGAGUCACUUUCCCCACGUGAGGACCCUGAGGUGUCCACUGUCCUCAGCCGGAAGGUGUCUGAUGUCACGUCCUCAGGCGUGCAGUCCUUCGAUGAGGAGGAGGCAGUGCAGCUGACCCGGGAGCAGAAGACAGCAGAAAUGCAGGAGCUUCCAGUCCUCGCCCGGACAACGGAGGACCAAGAUGGGAUGUCACACAGGCUUACUCUCUAGAAACCACAGGUCCAGGACCUGGGACCCAGGCAGCCAGAUGGCUGCGAACUUGGCGUGACUUCUGGGCCUAUGCCCAGGAAGCCCCAGCCCAGCGUGUAGCCUGAGGACAGGCGCUUACAACCCUGCAGGAGGAGCUGAAUCUCAGUUCUCCACCCCCCACGUCAUCUUCCAGGAGCCUUGGCUGUGCUGUCUGAACGCCUCCUUUCUCCAUGUCACUCUUGCUUUCCCCAACCCUGUGUUUUUUCUGGCUGUGGCCCCAGUUCAUCCCAACUGCAAGGACAGAUCUCAGGGGCAGUCUGCGUGGAGGGUGGAGAGUCUGCCCUCCGCAGGGAACGCGGCUUCUGAAACCAGGAGUCGAGGAGGUGGACGUGCAGCUGGGAAUUCGCAGGAGGCACGAGCAUGAUCCUUCCUAUCGAGGCCUGCUCAGAGACAGGAGAGUCUCUGAUGGGACCAGGAGCCAACAUGGCCACUUGUUCUGGAAUCUCAAGUAUCCAGGGGGCUGAAAGGGGAUCCCAAGGAACUGGGAACAGACCCAGCUUGUGCUUCCCUCUCCUCUUGCAUCCCUGCUGGAGCUGCCCUGAGAAGGGAGGGGACACCAGUCUCUGAUGUGCAGACUCAGGACGCAGGUGUCCCAACGGGGGGCAUGCGGGCUGUGUGUCCCCCACCUCGAAUUCUCUGGAGCUGUUUACACUUUUCUCUUUGCCUUUUCUACAUUUUUAUAACUUCUUGGGGACUCAGGGUUGAAGGGGUGGAGGGAGGAGUCCGGUGCUGUCAUUCCCUAGGUCGGGCUGGGCUGUCGCUGAGGGCCAGGGUGGGCACUCGGCUCCUUCUAUCCCUUGUCAGCACUCCCACGCCUCCCCAGGUGGCCUGCAGGUGUCCUCCCUCUGGGCAGCUUGCCCUCCCACACCCCCACACUGUGCUGGGCAGUGGGAUCCUGAACAGCAUUUCCAUGAGUGCAGUGGACAGGGGGACAGGCAGAGUGGCUGCUGUGGAGCUGGCUUGCAUCCCCCUGUGCCGCUUCGGUGGCUCACUUUCUGGCUCUUGGGUAGGAGAUAGAAGCCUGAGAGGUUCACCGUCCUC